GGAAAACUGCGUUCAGUUUUUCGUUGGCUUUUCGCGUGUGCGGUUGUUUGGACUCGGAAGAAAAAAGUCGGAACUUGGUGAACACCAGUCAGUGGUUACUUGGAGCUGUCUCGCCAUUCUGGAGUGAAGCUAAAUUGGAUUAACGCAAGGAUUAACCAAACCGCGAUUUUGGACGCCUAGGUGGUUGGCUGGUUCGUGAAGGUGUGGGAUUUGAAGAUCAAGGAAUGAGGAUCCGCACAACCGCACGAUGAAAAGCCAAAAGUCAACAACGCAACAAAUCGAAUACACGUGAUUACAAAACUGCCACUGGAAGAGCAUGGAUCCACCAACACAAAGCCCGCCAACGCCACCGCAGGAAUUUCCCGAGCCAACGCCCAGCGAUGCGUACAUCAUCCCAACGCUGGGCCUGCACGAGGGAACCUUCGUGUUCUCCUACCUGUCGACGUUCCUCUCGUACAUCACGCCCUACGAACUGCCAGUAGUCUAUUGUAUUUUAGAGCUUUUGCGAGAUGCGUUCCACACGCGGGUUUCCUUCCUGCAGCUGAUAAUGGAGGCACUGAAAGUCGAAUCCGGUUACAUCUGUUUGAUUGCGAUAUUCUUCCUGGUGUCGUUGAUCCCGCUGUGCUACACCAUAGCGUGGGGUUGUUCGAAGACUGUGGACGAGGACAUCAAUCCGGGACCAACGGUGGACGCAGUUAUACAAGCGGAGGAGCUAUCGCUGGAGGAGUCCCUGCAGUGUCGGAGAAGUUGCCUUGGACUGACGCUGCAGGUCAUAAUUUUGCUGUUGAUAGCAAGUGUGAUUGCCAUGUUUGUAACUAACGAACAGAUUGCCUCUGCGAUCGACGAAACCCCGAUGGUGGUACGAUCAUCACUAACCGAUGCGGAGACGUUCCUCAAGGAUACGGAACAGCAGAUAUCGUUUGUGCUGUUUGAAGGUUUGGCAACAACGGUUGACAGGAUAAGAAAUGACCUGAACGAUUUGGACAAACUGUUGGGAGAACCAAUUCAGAACCAUUUGUCAUUGUUCACCGGGAUCGAGAUUAUUUUCGAAUCGAUUAUGGAGAUCAGCACGAGUAGCAACAACCUAUCCCGGAGGAUAUUGCUUCUGCAGGAGACACUCACUAGAGCCGCUAAGAUUUCGUAUGAAGCUGAGUAUCGAUUGGACGAGCUUCAGAUCCAAUUGUCCGUGCUGCAGCGACAGUGCACGUAUCGGGAUCGGCCUCUUUGUGAUACAUUAAAGAUCAAAAACUUUGAAGAAUCAGGACUGAUUGAAAAGAUUCGGAAGCUACAGAACGAUCCCGUGUUAGGAAAGUUGAUGUCCAUGGGAGAAGCUGGAAAGAACAGUACGAUGAAAUUGUUGACGCAGGAGUUGACGCUGGCUCGAUCCAUCUUCAGGAAUUACCGAACGGAACUUAAGAAUAUGACCGCUCCUUCCAAGGAGCAUAUUGAAGAUAGUUUGGAAGACCUGAAGAACACAACGCUGUUGUCGACCAAUACCUUUUCAAACACCUUGACUAAUCUGAUCGAAGAAGUUUCUAAGACAUCGAAUUUUUCUGAUUCCUAUUACGAUUAUUAUCGGGAGGUGGGGAACGUUCUCUGGCUGACUGGAUUGUCUGCUACUGUCUGCACUUUGACAGUUACAUUGAUUCUACUUGGAGCUUUGAGUUGCGGAUGCUGCCAUGCUGAUAACAAAGCUGGGAUCACUUUGGUAUUUGGUGCAAUCGUGAUAUGCAUGGCGAGUUUAGCGUUGUCGGCAUUUGCCAUGGUUCAAAUGUUACUGGGAGCUCAUGGUCAAGUGUUCAUUUGUAACCCACUGUACGAUGAACCAAACUACACCGUUCUCGGCAAACUCGUGGACAAACCUGGACUGAUCUAUCCUGUUGAACCGCAGAAUGGAAUCAUCGACGAAUACCUUAGGUCGGUGGACCCGAACAAGACAUUCUCGGUAAAUGUAUCGUUAGCUGCAGCGAUCAACGAGUGCCAAAGGAGCAAAGGAACAUUCGCAACCUUCCAGUUGGAAGGUCUGCUGAAUAUAUCGUCCAUCAUGGACUACCACAGUUAUCCACAUCUAGAUCAUGCAAUUGAGGAACUAGCUGCGACAGAGAUACCCUUCAUUGGGUUCACGAAUCAGAUACAUGUGAUCUUGGAAGACAUGUUGACCGAUUCGGAUAUCAAUCUGACUACAUUCCGAAUGGACUUGACGCAACUAUCGCCGGACAAGGACGUUGUUACAUUUAUCGAUCAACUGCAGCGAGUAUCCGCGCAGAUUCAGGAUGUGGCUACGUCUUCUCGAAUGGCCACUCUUGGUAGUAGGGCAAAACGGCUGCAGACCUCCCUUUUGGCUCCGCUGGAGCAACUUCGUGGAGAUAUUGUGUACCACUUGACGGCACUGGAGUUUCAGCUAUCUCCUUGGGGAACUCAAGUCAACAAGAGUCUGAGUCACCUACGCAAUGCUCAGUCUUUCCUAGACGCCGAAGCGGCUGAAGUAUGUCACAACAAAAGCGAGCAAUUCCGAGGAAGAUUGAAAGGACACUUUGAAGCUUUUCGGAAUCAUACGAAUGUGAUCUUGAGCGACAAGUGCGCUAGCUGUAGACCACUGUUCGAAGUGUUUGACGCCCUACGAAUGCUAUUCUGCCAUCACAUUAUGGAUCCCAUGAAUGGACUGUGGUUUUCUUCAUUCUUAUGUCUUUUCCUGUGGGCAAUUGCCACUCCUGUUUCGUUGAUGAUGUCAACCACCUACCGGCGAUUGGAGAUGCUGUCCGGAAAACUCCAGCAUUCUAACAGCAAUUACUACGGUUCUUCUCGUUCGGAUCCGCGAGCUCACCUCCAUCAUCGCCAACAGCAGCUCCCACAUCAGGACACAUCGAGCCACUGGUCCACCCAAAGGUCACGUUUGACCGCAUCGGUCGGCUCCCAAGCGAACGUGCUUCCGGACAUUGAUCGGUCCAAUUGGUAGCGCCUUCUAAACUGUCCAAACUGUCAUCUCACUCGAUCCCCCGUCGCCAAUUCUAGCAAAAUCAUCGAUCCUCUCUCUCUCUCUGUUGCGUUCCUUUGCCUUUCUGGUUCUUGUUGCCCGCAGAUCCGUUUCGGUGCACAUUGCAGCCGCGAAGGAAAGUUGUACCGACGACGACAUCAUUUUCGUCGAUGCCGAUGCCCACCGGGACGGCGAGGUCGUUAUCGAGUAUAUAGAGCUCCGGUUUGACGACGACGAUCCGACCAAGUUUCGGGAGUGUUUAAUUUGAAGGUUUUUUUUUCUACUAUUGUCGUAUUUCAUAACUGCAUCUAUGUUUAAUAAAAAGUGAAAUGAU